GGCGGCGGCGGUGGGAGAGCGGCCGGGGGACCUGGGAGCCGGGCUUGCAGCGCCGAGCGGCCGCCCGAGCCGCGGCAGGAGAUUCUCAGCCUGGCCUAUGAGAUGAUGGGACUGGGAAACGGGCGUCGGACCAUGAAGUCGCCGCCCUUCGUGCUGGCUGCCCUGGUGGCCUGUGUCAUCGUCCUGGGCUUCAACUACUGGAUCGCGAGCUCCCGGAGCGUGGAUCUCCAGACGCGGAUCAUGGAGCUGGAAGGCAGGGUCCGCAGGGCGGCCGCCGAGAGAGGCGCGGUGGAGCUGAAGAAGAACGAGUUCCAGGGGGAGCUGGAGAAGCAGCGGGAGCAGCUGGACAAAAUCCAGUCCAGCCACAACUUUCAGAUGGAGAGCGUCAACAAGUUACACCAGGAUGAAAAGGCGGUUUUGGUGAAUAAUAUCACCACGGGCGAGAAGCUCAUCAGAACCCUGCAAGACCAGCUCAAGGCCCUGCAGAAGAAUUACGGCAAGCUGCAGCAGGAUGUCCUCCAGUUUCAGAAGAACCAGACGAACCUGGAGAGGAAGUUCUCCUACGACCUGAGCCAGUGCAUCAAUCAGAUGAAAGAGGUGAAGGAGCAGUGUGAGGAGCAGAUAGAAGAAGUCACCAAAAAGGGGAAUGAAGCUGUGGCUUCCAGAGACCUGAGUGAACACAAGGAACCAAGCCAGCAGCUCCGAGCUCCCAGCGAGCCUCAGCCAAGGGUGCAGGAAGCAGGCCUGCCCCCGGCAGAGGUGCCACAAACGGAAGGGAAUAUGCCCAGUAACGGCGAGCCCCUGACGCCAGUCCCCAGUUCUGAGGCGGCUUUGGAUUUGAGGAGGGAGGGUGAGAAAGAGGAAACCAAUGACAUCCAGGUCAUCAGCGAGGAGGCGCUUCGGAGGGACAGCCAGGCGCUGCCACAGGAGCCAGACCACAAGCGGGCUGUGGAAGCAGACAGACAUGCGGGCGAAAGAGGCAUGGGAGAUGCUGGAGACCUCGGCCAAACCCCACAGGUGCCAGCCACCCUGCUGAUGAGCCUGGAAAAUCAGGAGGUGGAGGAGCCUGAGCGGGACCAGCUUGUGGUCCGGGAUGGGCAGGAGGAGGAGCAGGAUGCUGACGAGGAAGGGAGAAACGAGCAAAAAGUGGGAGGAGAUGAUGACUACAACAUGGAUGAAAAUGAGGCAGAAUCUGAAACAGACAAGCAGGCAGCCCUUGCAGGGAAUGACAGGAACGUAAAUGUUCUUAAUGCAGAAAAUCAGAAAAGAGAUGAUAAAUUUACUUGAUCAGCAUGAAAAGAGGAAACCCACAAUCAAACUGGAAUCACUUAAUUUCAUGUCAGGACUGAAGAGCGAUAACUACAAAAUAUUCGCGAGGGAUUGAAUACUGUGAAAUUUACUAAGUAACAUACACACUUAAAGAUGAUUAUUGUGGAAUUUUAGUAUGUCAGUGGGGGUUACUUUUGAAGCAUCUGUAUUAAAGAUGUUAACAUG